CCUGUCUGUCCCGGAAGUAGUUAGCAUUCAGCCACAGUUAGCAGUGGGAUUCAUGCUGUGAUUAAAAGACGCGAGAAAAGCAUAAUGUCAGCGCAAACGCUAACAGUGACAGUUGCAUACGGAUCUACUAAACACAGCAUCACAUUAACUGGCCAGGAUGAUAGCAAGGGCCCCACUGUCAAAGAUCUAUCAGAUGCUCUCACUCAAGCUACUGGAGUUCCACAAUCCUCACAGAAAAUCAUCUUUAAAGGAAAAUCACUAAAGGACAUGGAGGAUAGUCUGUCCAACUAUGGACUCAAAGAAGGCUGCAAACUCAUGAUGAUUGGAAAGCGGAACAGUCCCGAGGAAGAAGCUGAACUGAAGAAGCUGAAAGACAUUGAGAAAUCUGUGGAACAAACCGCAAAAAAGCUGGAGAAGGUGGACGGGGAGUUGACUGGACUCAAGAAUGGCUUCCUGGCCAAAGACCUCCAAGCGGAGGCGUUGGGUAAACUAGACCACAGAGUGAAAAUAGCAGCUGAGCAGUUCAUGAAGAUCCUGGAGCAGAUUGAUGCUAUGACUCUCCCGGAAAAUUUCAGUGACUGCAGAAUGAAGAAAAAGGGACUUGUAAAGACAGUGCAGGAUUUCCUGGCCCAGUGUGACAAGAUCGAAGCUUGUAUAUCAGACCACUUAUCAAAGAUCCAGUCGAAAAAUCUUGCCCUGGCAGAAUAGAGGUACAAAGUCUGAGAUAUCGUGCUCUAUGCGUUGCUCUGUGAGCAACUGCAAAGUGUACAAAAAAUUUCAAAUGUGGGGCUUAUCUAUUUAUUGUUGAUGUGAUGUGUGUGAGUGAGCUCUGCUCACAGAGAACAGAAGGACGCUGGUUUUCUGCACUGGUGCUGGGAACAGCUUGGAUUCAUUCUCUGGGUCAAAGACAGAAAUUAUCUGCUCCUCAAGAUACUGUAACCUUUCACACUGCGAAAGGAUCAGAGGUGCUUUGAUUUGUGGCACAGUAUGUAGAUCCCCUUAAAGCAUCCACAAGUAGUGCUAAAUAGAGCUGCAAGAGCCAAAUGUCUAUCCAAUGUCAGAAAAUUUACUGAGACCCAGGAGCAAGUUGUCCUCUUCCUCUCAUUGUUAUGUACCGGCUAUUCAGUAUUCCAUAUGGCAUUUAGGACACACAUGGCCAAAAGCAUGUGAACACUCAAACAUUAUAAAGCACUCAUCCACUGCCUACUAAGUGUGGAAGGCAUUUCACUGGAUUUUGGAGCCUGGCUGCAGGAUCAUCAGUGAGAUCAGACCCUGAUGUUGGGAUGUAAGGCUCACAGUUUCAGUGUGUUGGAUGGGGUUGAGUUCAUGGUUAAUUACCCAAUGGAGAAAAACAUUUCUUCACAGACCUCGAUUUGUGCAUAUGGACAUUGUCAUCUUGUAACCGGAAAGUGUAUUUGUAACCCUAGCCAGUGCCAGUAAAACAGCACAAGGAAUAAAAUGCUGUCCACAUACAUUUGGCCAUGUGAUGUAUUUACUCCACACUGACGGUCAGCACUAAGCCAGCAUCUUUUUUUCUUAUUUUUUUUAAAUUCAGUGCCUGAUCCUGUGUAAUCAUGUAUCAUUUAAUUUAGUGUGAACCAUGGAAAAGGUAUUGCUUUAAACAUCACCAAGACCAACAUAAUCCAUUUCGCUUUGUUUGAAAAUAAAACCUUUUUUGAAAAAUUAA